AUGGCUUGUGGCGUUCUGCUAUCUCGAACCCUCUUUGGGAAGGCUAGGGCAGCUUAUACACCGGCCCUGUCCCUCAUGGCCGGAUUGGUCGCCAAAUCUACCACUGAUCACUUUGUUAGUGAUCUGACCAUGAAAAAUGUAGUGGCAGAGAUUGCUAUUUACAGAGCCCUGAAGGCGGAGCUUCCAGCUAUCACGGGUAUCACUGCUGAGGAGACCUUUAAAAUGGUUGGUGUCAAUCAGAGACGGUCAAGUGACGACGAAAUAUCAAUUACCUGGUCCCAAGUGAGCGCAGUCAGCAAAGAAUUUCAACGUCGUCACCUGGAUGAGUCUAUAUUGAAGGACGCUACGGAUCAAUGGGAUGAUAUUGCUAUGGCCGUUGAGCAAAUUCUGGCAGGCGAUAGCAAGAUUUCAGAAGACCAGAUCAAGCAUCGGUUAGGCGACCAGAAGCAUGACGGUGUGGAUCUGCUUAACCCUGCACCACCGGGAGAGGAUGGUUAUCUAGAUAAAUGGAGGCAGGAUAUACGUGCCAACAAGAAGCGCAAGGCCAUUAUUCAGGCCGCAGCCGAACCUAUUGGAAAUGAGAUACAGACUAUUAAGGACGAUGAAAACGGCGACUCCAUUCUCAGCCAGGUGACUGAGCUCGAGCAGAAAUUAAACGACCCGAAAACCAAAUUCGCCGAAGAAACUGCUGCUGAACACUCUGGGCUAGAUACGAUAGAUAAAAUCUGA